UCUCCCACAUCAAAAUUGCACCACGAGAGCUAGCUAGAAGCCUAGAACAACCAUAAGCGUCCAGCAAAAUGGCUUCGAGAAACACCGUUGUAUUCCUCCUUGGACUGUUCCUCUCGUCCGUCACCAUGAGCAGCGCAGCAAGAAUGCUAGAGGAGGAGAUGGCUCCGUCCAAAGGUGAGGAGCACCAGCCCGAGCUGCCAACGCUGCCCAAGGUCGAGCUGCCGCCAUUCCUGGAGGUGCACCUGCCACCUAAGCCUGAGCUGCCCAAGGUAGAGCUGCCGACAUUCCCGGAGGUGUACCUGCCACCCAAGCCCGAGCUCCCAACUUUCCCUGAGGUGCACCUUCCAGCCAAGCCUGAGCUUCCCAAGGUGGAGCUACCACUAAAACCCGAGAUGCCUACCAUCCCCGAGUUCCACUUGCCUGAGCGGGAGGCUAAGCCAUGAAGACUGCCUUCACUUGUCUUCUCUUUGUUCGCGCUCCUACACAUGUAUCUGUUGGUCGUGUUGUGUCUUUGUGUGAUUUCUGGCGAGUCUUUGUAUGAUGUGAAGUGCUUAUCUAUGGCGUCUAUUUGUGGAUGGAAUGUACAUGUACAAAUGUUUGUUUAUGAAAAAUAGAAGUGUUGGUCUUAUUUA